AUGCUUCACACCUGCUGCCUCAAACAGACAGUGACAGAUGGUGCGCUCUCCUCGACACAGAGCCCGCCGCUCAGAGCCCGCCGCUCAGAGCCCGCCGCUCAGAGCCCGCCGCUCAGAGCCCGCCGCUCAGAGCCCGCCGCUCAGAGCCCGCCGCUCAGAGCCCGCCGCUCAGAGCCCGCCGCCCAGAGCCCGCCGCUCAGAGCCCGCCGCUCAGAGCCCGCCGCUCAGAGCCCGCCGCCCAGAGCCCGCCGCUCAGAGCCCGCCGCCCAGAGCCCGCCGCUCAGAGCCCGCCGCUCAGAGCCCGCCGCUCAGAGCCCGCCGCUCAGAGCCCGCCGCUCAGAGCCCGCCGCCCAGAGCCCGCCGCCCAGAGCCCGCCGCUCAGAGCCCGCCGCUCAGAGCCCGCCGCUCAGAGCCCGCCGCCCAGAGCCCGCCGCCCAGAGCCCGCCGCCCAGAGCCCGCCGCCCAGAGCCCGCCGCUCAGAGCCCGCCGCUCAGAGCCCGCCGCUCAGAGCCCGCCGCUCAGAGCCCGCCGCUCAGAGCCCGCCGCCCAGAGCCCGCCGCCCAGAGCCCGCCGCCCAGAGCCCGCCGCUCAGAGCCCGCCGCCCAGAGCCCGCCGCCCAGAGCCCGCCGCCCAGAGCCCGCCGCCCAGAGCCCGCCGCCCAGAGCCCGCCGCCCAGAGCCCGCCGCCCAGAGCCCGCCGCUCAGAGCCCGCCGCUCAGAGCCCGCCGCUCAGAGCCCGCCGCUCAGAGCCCGCCGCUCAGAGCCCGCCGCUCAGAGCCCGCCGCUCAGAGCCCACAGGCGAAGCAGCUUAGUCAGCAAUAAAGCAGCGCCGGGAAACAUCAUCAAAGCCCAGCGCCAAGAGGCCCCUCCAGCUCACCCAACCUGCCAACCAGAGCAGGAGCAGGAGCAGCAGGAGGAGCAGCAGGAGGAGCAGCAGGAGGAGCAGGAGCAGGAGGAGCAGCAGGAGGAGGUGUCAGAAGGCUUACGAAAAGUAAAAACAUGA